AUGGAAUCUACGUUACGUCUGAAAACCCGCCUGCCGGUGGAGGAGGAGAUCGAAAACUGGGACGAUGACGAUUUUGUUAUUGAAGGUGACGACCUUGCGUUUCCAAACCAUUCCAACUCGGCCAACGUAAGCUCGAAUCGACGCGAUUCCCAGUCAUCCUUUCGCUCCGACUUCGAGUCUAUCUAUGGAGAAGAGGAAAAACAAGUGCAUCUGCCCGCAAACGACGAGAAGUCGACACUCGACGCGAUUGCUGCGGCCGCAAAGGCUGGCAUUCCGCUUCCCAAGAAUGUGCCACCCUCGGCAUUGAUGGGAGGCACGAUAAAGCGCCUUGGAGGCCGGAAGAUCAAGAAGAUCAUUCAAGAGGAUUGGGUUGACGAUCUCGAGUUUCCCGAUGCCGGCCAAGCACUGCAGAUCAAGACCCACGACGGCGCUCAAUUUCCAGAAGUCCUGCGCCAGGUUAGUAACUCGGCACAACCUAGCCCGUCAAAACCGCCCAAGGAGGUCUUCACCUUUGUUCGUGAUGAGCGCAAUGAAUCUAAAAGCGCCACCUCAUCUGGCUACAUUGACCUGGACCGCUUCCGGGACGCCGAGGACGACGACGAUUUCUUCGGAGAUGGAGCUGCAACCAUCAAGGUGUCCAAGAGACGCGACGUGCCAAAGCCGCUCUCCCUCGUUACACCGCCGACUCCCCAGAAGCCAAUCUCCGGCGAGGAUGACUUUGAAAAGGAUUUCGAACUCCCGGUGGAUGGUAAGCUCAAGCUUUCAGCCCGGAGGGAUGUUCCUAAGACACCUACACUCAGCACAAUGCUUGAUGACCUGGACUGGGCUGAAGGUAGUCUCGGGACAAGGCAUGGCGGAACCCGACGUGAUGUGCAAUCCAAUCGCAGCUCAUCUGUCUCUGCUUUCAGUCCCAGUAUCUCGAGCUCUAUCACUGCCGAGAGCGAGGAUGACACUUUCGAUGGUCUUAUCCUUCCAACUGGCCCGCUUGAUUUGGGGGAGCGACUGAAGCAUCGACGGCAAAGUCGCUCUCCCGUCCGCAUCAUCCGGGAACCCAUCAAGGAAGAACACGUUGAGGAGCCCAUCAAGGAGGAGCCAGGAAAGGAGAAAGAGGAAGACAAGGAGGACUUCCUGGCUGGACUUGAUAUUGGCGACGGCGAUGUUUUCGACUCCAGGAAAUUGACACUGCACCGCAACAUCCAAGUGAAGGAAACCAGACCUAGCAGUCCCUCAAGGCCUAAAGCUUCUGUUGCACUCAAGUUCACCAACAAGCCCGUGACUGCGUCCCGCCUCCCCCGGCCUAUGGGGCCGAUGGUGAGUCACGAGCGUUCGCACACACAAUCAUCACUGGAGCCUGUGUCUGAGAGCGGAGGCCCGAUCCCUCAAACCCACACAAGGCGCUCACUCUCGCGGAUGGGGGGUCAUUCAGCACAGUCUUCGGUGACCAGCGUCAGCAGUGCUACAACUCCGUCAUCAUCGCAAACCACGACCCCUUCCACACCGCGUAGAAGGGAACUUGGUCAGAAGGUAUCUGCAGUGUCGCUAAGAAACGAGCCAACUACCACAAGUGCGCAGCUUCUUCGACUUAAGCGGUCAUUGCCGGCAAUGCGGGCGCCUCAGUCUCCAGCCCGGCCCCCGGCAACCCGAAGCUACGAGCGACCCCCAUCCCGAACCGACCAUUCCAGCAGGCCUCAGCCCACAAUGCGGCCAAAGACUCCGGUGGAGCGCAUGAGAGUCACCGAGAGCGCUGCAGCCCUGGCCCGCAAAGCGCCCGUACCAUUCGUUCCCGCAGGCGCAUCAGUGUCGCAAUCCUACAACAUAAACGCCAAGUCCCGAACUUUCCGUCGCCACGAUUCGGAAACCAGCAUUGAAUACCGUCCCAACUCGCGCGCGGUAUCUCGGUCGACGAUACGAUCGCCUAGUCCGCGAAGGUCUCGUCCGACAGAGAAGGUCACUCCUGAUGGCGCCUGGAGCAAGCUUAGUAUGCCGCGACGUGUGCGUAACUUUGGCGAUGGCCAUGAGCUGGAUGGUUUUGAUGAUCUGCCUACGUCGAGCCAGGCGGAAGCCAGAUAUUUGAAGCAGCCGGUUGCUGCCGGAUUCAGAUCCCAGGGUCGGAACAGGGGCUCUCAAAACAUGCCUUUGGACCGGACGGUGACCCCAUCUCCCAGCACACCGCUCUAUUCCCGGGUCGACAACGUGCCGAGUUUUGCUCGCGAUACUGCCGCAAGUCGCAUCGCUCGAGAGACCAUUCUUGCGCAACGCAACCCAGCAGGCCCGCUUGCUCCACUCACCGCUCAGCGCGUCGCGCAGCUUUCGGCAAGAAACAAUUUCAACCCUGUGACUUCUCUGGGCGCAGCGAAGACGAAAAAGCCGAGAAAACCCCCACAAUCCAAGCCGCAUCUCAUUUCCAAUCUGAACCCUCCGAGAGACCCCAAGAUGGUAAAGGGCAUGUGGUACAACCCGGAGACGUACAGGUGGGAGGGCAAUGACAACGCACUCAGCGCCUUCGACGUCCCUGCUUCCUCCCCAUCUACCGCAUCCGUACCUCAGCACCUUAUUCGUGAGCGAGAAACAGCUACACCGCGUCCGGCCCUGAUCACCAACAUCGGCGCUACCAAGGGUGUCCAGGUCGUCGGCGGCAUGGUGUUCGACCCGCAAAACAUGUGCUGGCUCAAGAUAGCCCCGCAGACGGGCAGAGCAGAGCAGAACGACCCACUGGAUGGACUGAAUGCCGUUGAUGACGAGGAUGAUGUGUUCAAAGAUAUUCCCGACCUCGAGGAGCGCACGAUGGCGUCCAGUGACUGCGGUAACGGCCGCGUCAGCGACAUCAAAGACGACUGGCUAGUGGGUGAGGAGUUUGACGUGGGACCUGAGUUUGUGCGCCGACAGCGCGAGGAAGAGGAGCGGUGGAGGAAGAAGUGUGGCCUCUGGAUCAACAGCAACGCGGAUCGCGGGGAGGCAUGGAAGUGGGCGAUUCGCGACAUUGUCAACCAGAGUUUGACAGAUUGA